CGCCGCGCUGAGCGUAAUGAACGCUCUUUAGUAACUCGUCGUAUAUUCGCAGAAAGACAACAUGGGAAUGGCGAGCGAGGAUCUGCUGGUGACACUCCAGAUACUGCCCGGGUUCUUCUCCAACUGUCUGUUUCUCGCCCUGUACGACUCCGUGGUGCUGCUGAAGCGCGCCGUGUCGCUGCUCAGCUGCUCCAGGUCCGCUGGCUGCGGAGAGUGGCGCCGCAUGCUGACCUCGGAGGGGCUCCGCUCCAUCUGGAACAGCUUCCUCCUGGACGCAUACAAGCAGGUCAAACUUGGCUGUGAGGCGCCCAACUCUAAGGUGGUGAAGGUACCUGAUGGCCCUCGAUGGAGCAGCACUAUCAGUAACAUGACUAAUGUCCCGUGUGGUGCCAAGAUCCAAAAUGGGGAUGAGUGCCGCCUUCUGGAUUUGGAGUCAUCAGACCGCCCUCUGGUGGUCAACUUUGGCUCCGCCACCUGACCCCCAUUCAUCAGCCACCUGCCAGCUUUCCGGCAGUUGGUGGAGGACUUCAGUGAUGUGGCUGAUUUCGUGCUAGUGUACAUUGAUGAGGCUCACCCGUCUGACGGCUGGGUGGCUCCUCCUAUGGGUUCUUGCUCUUUCAGUUUCCGGAAACACCAGAACCUGGAGGAGAGGAUGGGAGCGGCGCGCAAACUGAUUGAGCACUUUUCUCUGCCGCCACAGUGUCAGCUCGUGGCCGACUGCAUGGACAACAAUGCUAAUGUGGCUUAUGGUGUGUCCAAUGAACGGGUGUGUAUAGUGCAACAAAAAAAGAUUGCCUACCUGGGUGGCAAGGGGCCAUUUUUUUACAAUCUUAAGGAUGUGCGGCAGUGGCUGGAACAGAGCUACGGUAGACGGUAGGAGGAAUUGAGGACGAGUACAGAGGAGGACAUGUGCCUUUUAGUAGUCUGUAAAUGAGAGAUGAUUUGGUUCUGUAUGAGCAUAAGAAGGGGAAUUCAAAGGUAGCUAUCAUGAGUUAUCUUUCAGAUCUGCAAAGCAACGUCUUUUACUUUUAAAAAUUUCACACACAACUUCAUAUACACUGAGACAAGCAUAUGUGCUUCAUCUGUAUUUGCGCCUGUUUUUGCUGCUAAAGUCAUGCUUUGCAUGAUUUACAAAUUAAACAAAAAAUCACAAGGGUCUAUUUUCAAAAAUAGGUUACAAAUUUGA